GCCCCCGGCCGCAGGCUGUUCCCACAUCCCUGUGUCCUGCAUCCUGCUGACAAACAUCCCCAGGCAGUUCAAACAAGGGCGGUGUGUGGUGGUGCUGGUGAGCACUGGGCUAUAAAGGGCAGCCCCUCGCCUCUCCCAGCGACCCACGAGAAGCCGUUAGUCCUCCUGAUCUCCUGACAGCAGGAGAUGCGUCCAGGAGCGAGGACGAUGGCGGCAGUGGUCAGAUUUGCCCUCCUGCUGCUGGGCUGCGUGGGGCUCCUGCAGCCGGCCGGCGCCCGGUACAUAGACUACUGCCCGGAGGGCUGGUCUUACUACAAGCUCAGCUGCUUCAGGUACUUCAGUCAGCUCCAGAGCUGGGACGAGGCUGAGAGGCAGUGCCAGGCUAGCCACGCCGGUGCCCACCUGGCCUGGGUGGAGGAGCCCCGGGAGGCAGCCACCCUGCAGAGGGUCAUCUCCUACUACCAGCGCGUGCAGCCCGUCUGGCUCGGCCUCCGCUACAGGCACGAGAGCCGGGCCUGGCAGUGGGCGAGUGGGGACAAGUACAGCGUCACCAGUGGGCUGGCUGGGAACGGUGCCCACGGGGGGACCUGCGGCAUGCUGACCCACCUCAGCGGCUUCACCGUGUGGUCCAGCGCCAACUGCACCCAGCAGCAUCACUACAUCUGCAAGUUCACGCCUUCACAGUGA